CGACUACUUGACUUACUUCCCUUCUCUGUCGACAUGAAAGGGACCGCUACAUAAAAUCAUAACAUACAGGUAACCACCUCACACCAUCCAGAGCAGCUAUGGCCGAGGAAGCGGCAAUAGAAAAACAUGUUCGGACAUUUGUUUCUGCCAAGACGGGGGAGAUGGUGUAUUUGGAUAUAAGCAAGGAAAGAACAGUGUGUAUCAAGCAUGUCUCUAAACGAGGGUCCACAGCUCUCGCAAUCCUCUGGAUAAACGUUUUACAGCAUCCCAACAACUACCCUUUAAAGCGCUUUCCCUACAGGAAGAUGUACAAGCGCGCCUCAAAGGGAGACGACCGGGUAAUCCUACAAGUUGAUGGGAUGAAGGUCUCUGUAUUCAUGGCCAGUGGCACACUGACAAUCUGCGGGCAGUUUGCCAUAGAGUGGUUCGUUGAUCGCUUUCCAGGAAUAAUGGAUGCGUAUGGGUCACCGAUAGAGAACCCGAGAGCUCUGAAAUCUCUCUAUACCGAAUCACAGAAGGAAGCACUCGCAUUGGAGAAGCAAGCCAUCAUAAAGAAAUACCGACAAAACUGGCCAGACGAGGCAUUGUUAGAUGGCGUGUCCGUGGUUGACUUCUGUGGGAAACCGGAAGGAGAAGAUAUGCCGUCUGCCAAAGAAACCCAUUUCUGUUUCACUUCUGAUGACCAUGGCUACAUCAAACCAGACCCUCAGCUGCUGCCAACUGAUGCUCUCUCGGAUCAACUUCAAAGACUGAAAGUGGGCGCCAGUUUAGAAGGACCUGUCCUCUACCGCUUAUGGAGAUCCAUUUUAAACUCUUGGUUUUCCGACGAAGACAAUCUAAUAUACAUUGUGACCCCAAACAUGGAUUCAGACCGUCUCGUUGACAUAUGCAGCCUCUUUCUAAACAACCGCCUAACAGCAAAUAUUGGCGCGAUUUGUCUCCCCAUUUCAAGAGGGAAUACCAAUGUAGCAGACGUCAAACGCGACGCCAUCUUGCAGUUUGAGCCAAAAGAUCAAGUGAUGGUGGAAUACAAGAUAUACAGCAAUAUCGUUUACCCAGAAAGGCCGUACCAAGCCAACUUCAUCGCUUGUGUUAGAAAUGGCAACGUCGGGAUGUUGUUGACUACUUCAGAUUUCCAUGGUGACCAUUUUAAAGAAGGGAAUACCAGCAUGGCGGUGUACCAAUCUCUAGAAGAAUCUGACUUUAUGAUUCGAUACCUUGGCCCCAUUCUGUCAGCUGAAACAGAACAGUGAGGUAAAACGGUGUGUGCGCGGAGUUGGGGUGGGGCGAUGGUGAGUAUAGGAAAAUAGACAAGUUGACAGAAACGGAAUAGGUGUUUUCGGGUUUCUUCUAUUUCUUUUUUUCUGUUGUGUGUGUGUCUGGGAAGGGGGGAUAUUGAUCGGUUUUUGUGUUUUUGUUUAACAAAUUUAAAAAAAAACCUAGAACAUUUUCAGUAUUAUAUUGGAUGUUUCUCCUGCACCCUGCCCACAAUCUCUACUAAAGGUCUACGAUAUCUAUCACCUUGGUCCUAAAAUGUAUGACGAUGAUAUAUGGGGUUUUGUUUUUAUGUUGUAACUAGCGUAUAUAGUACCUUAGCUCCCCGUAUAACCUUUGAUUUGGCCAUUUUGACUUUACAUUUAAUGACCUCUUUAUUAAUAUUAUAUUUAACCAAUGUGUUAUUCACCAGUCUUAGUAUUAAUAUAUUUAUUAUUACGCCAUUAAUCUACGCAACAUUGAUAUGUUACACUUUGAAAUAAAUUGUUAAGUUAUAUUUACGCAAGAAAAAUGAUGCAUUUACGAGAGAUUCUCCACUGUCUAGUAUAAAUAUAUAUAAUUUAUUAUUAUAUCAUUAUUCUACGCAACACUGAUUUGUUAUACUUUGAAAUAAAUAUUUAAUACUU